GUUUAUAAUCUUUACUUGAGCUAAUAAUCCAAACUUUUCAUUCGGUGAUUGGUUACAAUAUUUAAAUGCUUGUCUGGCACAUUCACUCUAUCGGUUUGUGUUUGGUUUAACUCAAGUUAGUGGUUUCAGCUCACUGCUUCCAGCUGAAAGCAGCAAUGCCAGCACCAUAUAAGGCCACUUGGCUCAUCCAAAUGAUGUCAUCACCACAGUCCCGACUGGAGAAUCUCCUUUGCCCUGUACAAACUGUGAGAGAAAGAAAGUGAAGGAGGUGUGGUGAACAGGAAAGAGAAAGAAGAGAACAUACAUUUGCUAAAAACGGAAGCUAAAUUGUAAGAUGCUUCAGUGUGUGGCUUUCAGAGGAUAAAAAGCUAGAUGCUACUUGGUUUACUGGAAAAUCUCAAGAGUGAAAGAAAAGAGAAAGAAUAGGGGUGUGGAAGAAGAUUGAAGCAUUGUAACAGCUGCCAGGGACUGUGACAGUGAGGGAACCACUUCACUUCUUACCAUGGGGAAGUCAGCAUCCAGGCUUUUUUGUGAGGAGGUAUUGAAGACUCAUAAUGAGUACAGGAGAAAACAUCAAGCCCCACCUUUGAAACUCAGCAGUAAACUGAGCCGUGAAGCAACAAGAUAUGCUGAGAGCCUUGCUAGCACCAGGAUUCUGAAGCACAGUGUUGAAUCUAGUAGAGGAAACUGUGGAGAAAAUUUAGCGUGGGCAUCUUAUGAUCAAGCAGGUAAAGAUGUGUCAGAUCGCUGGUAUAAUGAAGUGAACCAGUACAACUUCAACCAGCCAGGAUUCUCCUCUGCAACUGGUCACUUCACUGCAAUGGUGUGGAAAAGCUCGAAGAAACUUGGUGUUGGUAAAGCUGUGGCCUCAGAUGGUUCUACCUUUGUAGUGGCACGUUAUUUCCCUGCCGGCAACGUUACCAAUCAGGGCCACUUCCAGGCCAAUGUCCUGCCCCCUAAAGGCUGAUCCAAAUGAAGCUGGACACAAUGAGAACGAAGGUAGGGAGGGGAACUGACACAGGAUGGGGAACAGCUGAAAUUGGAGAGACUUCUACCUGGAGGACCAAACACAGCGAUGGUUGGCCUUAAUACACAAAUCUUACUUGAAUAAAGAGCUUCUGUCUUUACAUUUUUAGACUUUUAUUAACUUGAAUAUGAAGAGGCUUACAGUAAACUAAAUGUCAAAGCUAAUGCUAGUUAUACUUUGCAUUUAACUAAACUUGCAUUGUGGUAAGGUCAUUUUGUGUGCCUGUUUGUGCAUGGGCCAUGUCAACAAAACAGUAUUAGAAAUUAUUUUUAAAAAUGAAGCAAACACGGAUAUAACUGCAUACCUCCACUGCACUGAAAUAUAAUGUGCAAAAUUAUUUGGGUGCAGUUUUUAUGCUGAAUAUGAAAAGAAGUUUGUGACCCUAUGUGACAUUUAAAUACAUGUGAUGCAGAAAUAAGUUUUAGUAAUGUUUAUAUAUAUAUAUCAUAUAUAUAUAUAUAUAUAUAUAUAUAUAUAUAUAUAUAUCUCAUAGACUGAUCAUUCAUCACUAUUACUUUGGUCAUCUUUGUAUCCUUGUAUAUUGAUAUGGAUUAAAAUUUACUGUGUUCAAAUA